AUGGUGGAGGUUGUGGUGGUGGUGUUGGUGAUAUUGAUGGUGAUGAAGGUGAUGGUGGUGGUAAUGGUAGAAGUGAUGGUUAUUGUGAUGGUUGUGGUGAUGGUGGUUCUGAUGGUGGUGAUGAUCGUGAUCAUUUUGAUGGUGAUUGUUGUGGUUAUGGUGGUGGUGGUAUUGGUGAUGUUUGUGGUGAUAUUGGUGAUGUUGGUUGUGGUAUUGGUGGUGAUGGUCCUUGUGACGGUGGUGGUGAUGAUGGUGAUGAUGAUGGUGGUAGUGAUGGUGGUCGGGAUGGGAGUGGUGAUGAUGGUGGUUAUGGUGGUGGUGGUGGUUGUGAUGGAGGUUGUUUGGUGA